ACGUCAGCUCUAGACACAGUCGACAAUAUAAAUGAGCUGUGCACUCCGUCAAACACAUCAUCUUGAAGAGAAAGAAGCAAUCUGCACUUUCUACAGGAGCCUGUCAUCAUGUUUCCAACAGCGGCCUCAUUUGUGGUUUGCAUUGCCCUGGCUCUCAGCAGGGUUGCAGCUCAGGGUGACAAGAAGGAAGAAGUGGUGAAGAGGGAAGCGUCAAUGUGUGAUGGUUCCUGUCUGAAGGGUUGGAGCAGUUUCAAAAACAAGUGCUACCAGUAUGUAAAGGACAGGAAGACAUGGGCUGAUGCUGAGUUGUACUGCCUCAGUCUCGGAGGGAACCUCGCCUCUAUACACAGUGUUGAAGACAACCAGGCCAUCCAGAACCUGAUCAACAAUAAUGACGCCUCAAAUGGUUAUACCUGGAUCGGGGGUUCUGACUGCUUCAAGGAGGGGUCAUGGUAUUGGACCGAUGGAUCUAAAUGGGACUACAACAAUUGGAACAAGGGAGAACCAAAUAAUUUGGGAGUUGAAAAUUGUCUGCAUCUUAACUUUCCAGUUCCUGGAGGUUGGAAUGACGUGGCCUGUAGUAAUUUGUAUCCAUCUGUCUGUGUGUCUAAAGAGUCACGUGCAUAAAUCUCUGAAACAGAAUGUCAACAGUUCUGAUUGUUAAAUAAAAUUAUGCAGCAUUCA